UGAGAUCCCUUUCUAUGUUUUGCAUUGCAAGAGGACCAAACUGGUGUGCUUUGCAUUUAGAAUGUCUCUGUGUGUGGACCUCUUAAACCAGUGAACACUCAGUGUGGGAGCUGAAAGCUGUCACCUUGCACCCUACUAUGGGAGGGCAGAUAACCAGAAACACCUUAUACGAUUCAAUUAGUGGACCAUUUCCAGCUUCCUCUCACAGAUGUCAUCACAAGCAGAAACGUUGUUUGCCAAUUCCACAGUGUGGUGGCUUGCCAAUAAGUCCCCUGCUUUUUCAUCCACAUGCCAGAGGAUCACAGAUCAUUAUGGAUGCAACCCAGAAAUCUGUGAAGAGGCAGGCGAGCUUCUGUAAUGCAAUAACUUUCAGUAACAGACCAGUAGCACUCUAUGAACAAGUGCGACUCAAGAUUACAAAGAAGCAGUGUUGUUGGAGUGGUGCAUUAAGGCUCGGUUUCACCACAAAGGACCCUUCAAGGAUUAAUCCUGACACUCUACCUAAAUAUGCUUGCCCAGAUCUCGUCUCUCAGAGUGGUUUCUGGGCUAAGGCCCUUCCAGAGGAAUUUGCAAAUGAAGGAAACAUCAUUGCAUUUUGGGCAGAUAAAAAAGGACGAGUAUUUUAUCGUGUUAACGACUCUAGUCCAAUGCUGUUCUUCAGUGGCUUACGGGCCUCAGAACCACUGUGGGCUUUAAUCGAUGUGUAUGGUCUAACUCGUGGAGUACAAUUGUUAGAUAGUGAAAUUAUUUCUUCUGACUGCCUGCGUCCAAGAUCUUUUACUGCCAUUCGACGGCCAUCUCUGAGAAGAGAAACUGAAGAUACACGACUUUGUGUGAGCCUGUGUGACCUCAACCUGCAAGAAGAAAGUUUUCAAGUCAUGCCCAGUAUGUGCCCCAUACCUCAGAAUUCCCUGAACUCACAACAUUCCCAUCUCCUACCUUCACAGUUAGAAAGUGACCUCCGCUUUCACCCACUCAAAGGAGCACACAUCAAAGCCAUUGAUGAUCAAACAGUGGCACGACUGGAGCACAGUCGAGAAGAGAGGACUUUAGUUUUUACUAGCAGGCCACUUAGAAUCCGAGAGACUGUCUUCAUCAAGAUCAACAAAUCAGUUGCAGCACGUGCUGGAACACUGUCCUAUGGUGUAACCUCCUGUGACCCCUGUACUCUCAGACCCAGUGACCUCCCUUACAACCCAGAGUCUCUGGUUGACCGGAAGGAGUUUUGGGCAGUUUGCAGAGUACCUGUGCCCCUCCAAAGUGGAGAUAUUUUGGGUUUUGUAGUCAAUUUAGAAGGAGAGCUUCUUGUAAGCCACAAUGGUGCAAGAGCUGGUAUGCCAGUGUGUGUGGAUUGUUCACAACCAUUGUGGAUGUUGUUUGGUUUGCAUGGAGCUGUUCAGCAGAUCCGUAUUCUAGGUUCUACCAUACUGGCUGAGCCAAGAGGUCCCUCACUACCAAACUCUCCCACCUCCAUUCCCAACUCACCUAUGACACUGAGUAUUGGCUGCUCUGACCUGAAUCUGAAUGCUAGUGUGUCUGGACAGCUCUGCAGUCCCAGCAAUGGUACAGCUCCCAGUUCCCCUAUAAGCAUGCCUGAAUCUCCAUCAUCCCCAACAGCUGGCGGUUCCCCAAAUGAUGAAUGCACAAUCUGCUAUGAACAUGCAGUGGACACGGUCAUCUACUCCUGUGGACAUAUGUGUCUUUGCUAUACCUGUGGGCUGAAGCUCAAGAAGAUGCCAAAUGCCUGCUGCCCCAUCUGCAGACGGCCCAUCAAAGAUAUUAUCAAAACAUACAGAAGCACAUGAGGCAUAGAGGGUUCCUCACACCAUCAUUGCUUGUUGUUAGCUGUCACUUCGCACAUGACUUUUUUGUUAAUAUAAGAAUUCUGAAAGACUUGACCACAUUAGCAGCUGGUGUUCUACUUCAGCUGUAAAUACUUCUCCAAUCAUGUCCUUGUUUGUUUGUUUGGCUGAGUGAUUGUUUUGUUUAGUCAUUUCUGAGUUUGUGUAACAAUUUAAGUUGACAUGCAUUUAUAUAUGUAGUGCUAUUCUGUGCUGAAGUUGCUGGCAGCAGUGCAGCUAUGAAAUAAGGAAACUAGAUGUUUCUGAGCUGAACCUGCCAUGAAAGAAAUGAAGAAGAGCCAAUUGCUUAUUCUAAAAGUGAGGCAAAUUGAAACAGUAAAGAAUAUCUUGUCCUUGCAAAACAACUUAGCCAUCAGAAAAGUUGUAUAACAUAUAUUUGGUCUGAUACUAAAAAUUAAAAUAAUGGGAGGCAGGGAAACAUACUACAGACAAUGACUGGGGUAUUUAUUAUUAUUAAAAUGUAAUGAAGUCUCUCAUAAGCAUACAAGGUUUCUGAGAGCCAAAGGUGAGGUAUAUAUAAUCUGUACGAUAAUGUAGCUAUUUUUCUCAGACUAAGUUUUGGGGGUAUUUUUUUUAUUAUUAUUUUUUGCAUCUGUUCUGCAGUAAUUUCAGGUACUUUUAUUUUGUGGGGCUUUUCCCAGUUUCCCGGCCAUUAAAUAGAAUAUCAUUUAAAGUCAAUAACAUUGCUUUGCUAAACAUUUGCCUAUCACUGACCUUGCUGCAGGCUUCACGAUGCUGUUCUAGCACCUGAAUUAAACUACAUUAAACUUUAGCCAGGGAUAUAGGACAGCUUUGAGACAGUCAUGUUUGCAAAUUCACUACUAUUAAAUGUUCCAGAUCAAAAUUUAUGUUGUUAUAAAUAAGGUACAGUUUCAGUUAGGCAUUAUCAUAUGUAUUUUCCCUGUGAGUUAUAGGCCCUUCCAAAUCCAACACAUGACAGGCUGUAGUUCUGUGAUCUGUCUGGGUUGCAGUAUUUAAUUUCUAGUUUGGAAAAAUUGUUCCCUUCCUCUUAUUCCAUAAAUUCAAAUUGUCUAAAUUGUUUUUAGAAAAUGUUCCUAAAAAUGCACUACUACACUUUGUACCACUUCUCUUUUGAGGCUGUACCCAAUCUCCUGGUGUAAAGACCUGCCCAUAGUGCUGCAGUACUUAAAAGGGACAAAGGUGUAAUGAAUGUUGUACCAGAAGCUGUUGGGCUUGCAUUUUGUAGCCAUAGAAAAGUAAGUCAGUCAUCAGAGGACAGCACUUUUUGGAGGCAUUGUGGCAAUAGGUCUCAAAUGCUAAUCAUUUGGUGACUUAGUUCAUAAGUUUGCAAGUGCUGGUGCAUCUUUGUUCAGGUCAUCUGUCCAUCAAGGAAGACAGACUCUUUUAUGCUGCUGAUGAUGAACAACUUCUGUUCUGCCCAUAGACUGACCAUCUCUUUAAAUAUAGUAAUAUUUUGAAACUACUUAACAUCAAGGUAAGGUAAUUCCAAAGCCUGAUUACAGACUAAAAAAUUAAUCUGUCUCUGUUACAAGAUCUGUUUAGACUUGUAAUAAAAUUAAGAGAAUCUCCCUCA